AGGGGUAAGAAAACGGCGAAUAUUCAUGUACAUAUUUAUGUUUUUUACAUUUACUUUAAGAUACGUUAUUUCAUUUAGAUUGAUCACAGAUAAACAUUUGACAAAAAUUUCGAAGGGCAAUGAUAAAAAUUUGACCCAACUUAUCUCUAAUAUUUUUGAAAAAUACAUGGAAUCAUAUCGAUGUGCUCUUGUUGUAAUGGAUGACUUUUAUUAUGAAACAAUCCAGUCAGAUUUCUUCAAGAAACUUCAGCAAAGGGUUUCCAUGAUAACGAUUAAAGUGGAUGAUUACGAGGAUUUGUUUGAUCCUUGCAACGAAACCCUUAGUUCCCUGCAACUGGGAAAGACGACUGGUUGCCAGUUUUACUUGAUUUUGAUUUUAGACACUAUCCAAGUUACAAAUUUACUAAAAUUUGGAGACAGUCGUAGAAUUAUUAACACCAGAGCAAAUUUUAUCAUUAAUUACGAUAAUCAAUUAUUUUACGAAGACAUGAAAUACAUUUGGAAGCGAAUUGUAAAUGUAAUAUUUAUUCGGGAAUACGGUGGUAUUAAAAGAAUGGGAUCAAAAAGAAAAAGGAUUCCCUGGUUUGAGAUAACUACAGUACCAUUUCCGGCGCCGAUUGGUAACAGUUUGGUACCUCGUAGAUUAGAUAUUUGGAGGGACGGCAAGUUUAGAUCAGGUAUUGAUUUGUUCAGAGAUAAAACGAAUAAUUUAAACAAACAAAAACUACAAGUUGUGACAUUUGACCAUAUGCCUGCUGUGAUAAAGGUACCUUCUGGUAAAGGCGUAUUUAGUACAAAACUUUCCUCUACAGUAUCUAGUGAUAAUUUUGAAUUUGCUGGAAUCGAAAUGAAGAUUUUAGAAAUUGUGUCCAAAGCUAUGAACUUUGAACCAGAAUUACACGAACCAGAUAUUACAAACGAAUACAAAUUGGGUGAAAAACAAUCGGAUGGGAAGUACAAUGGCCUGUUAGGUGAAAUGGUAGCAAGUCAAGCCGAUUUAGCCCUUGGAGAUCUUCACUAUUCUCCACAAUUUUUAGAUCUUAUGGACCUAUCGGUACCAUACAAUACAGAGUGUUUAGCAUUUCUUACACCCGAAUCCCUUACUAAUAAUUCAUGGAAAACGUUACUUCUUCCUUUUGCUCCUACAUUAUGGGCUGCAAUUUUCAUUUGUCUGUUCUUUAUCGGCUUUGUAUUUUACGUCCUUUCGCGAUACCAUAACAAAGUCAACGAAAUGAUUUUCGGUGUAAAAAAAGACAGAAAGAUGCUCUUUAGAAACGUUUUGGGUAUUUCGAAAGAUACUAAUGGAAAAUUAGAUGUAAACGCAAAAUAUGCGUUAAUGAAGAAACAAUAUUACGUGGAACAAAAGGAGAUAGAACCAGUUGGGUUAUAUUUAUUUGGAGAUAUACCCAAUAGUAUUUUGUACACUUAUGGUAUGCUGUUAGUGGUUUCUUUGCCAAAAUUGCCGACAGGUUGGUCUUUAAGGGUGUUAACAGGGUGGUACUGGUUAUAUUGUAUUCUAGUUGUGGUAGCGUAUAGGGCCAGUAUGACAGCAAUUUUAGCCAAACCUGCUCCACGGGUCACCAUUGACACGUUAACGCAGUUAGUGGACAGCGGACUCCCAACAGGAGGAUGGGGUGAAGUAAAUAAGAACUUUUUUGCAACAUCUUUGGACCCUCUCACAAAAUAUGUCGGCGAUCAGUUUGAGACGAUACAAAAUUUGGAGGAAACCAUUGAAAGAAUAGUUCAAGGAAAAUUUGCUUUCUACGAAAAUGUCCAUUUUUUAAAACAAGCCGCAGUUAAACGUCAGCUACGUUUUCAAAAUAAUCGUACCAAAACAGGAAACGCAACUAUUCAUAAGGAGGAUUUAGAAAGAAUGGGAAAUAAAAGGGACGAAUACAGGAUCAAUACUAAACACAAUCUCCACAUUAUGUCCGAUUGUAUUAUUCACAUGCCGAUAUCGUUGGGCUUGCAAAAGAAUUCGCCGAUUAAACCGAGGGUUGACGAAUAUGUGAAGAGAGCUUUUGAAGCUGGUCUUAUAAAGAAGUGGUUGGACGAUGUUAUGGCACCUUAUAUUACAGCUGAACUUCAUUUUCAAGAAAAAGGAGACGUGAAAGCUCUGAUGAAUUUGGAAAAGUUUUUCGGCGCGAUUGUAGCCCUUUUCGUAGGACUUUCAAUAAGCAUUUUCCUACUUAUAACUGAAAUUGCUUAUUUUACGUUUGUCACCAAAAAGAACCCUAAUUAUGAUAAAUAUUUAAGAAUUGUUGUUAUUAAAUAAGUAUAGACUGUAGAAUUUUAAUAAAUGGUACUUAACUCAGUGUGGAAAAAAUAAAUUUUUACCCAUUUUUGAGUUUUUCGUACAUAUAGACGAUACAUGUGAUGUUGUGAUGCAAUUGUGAACCGUGUAACUAAUCGCA